UUUUCGGUCGGGUUUCAGCGCCGGUGAGCUAGGCCAUGGUUCUGGGCUAGCCAUCUACCCAGCGAUGGUAGAUAUCACCCAGCCAUGGGUAAGUGAUUCCGGGAUUCCAGAAUCAUGCCACCCAGCGAUGGGAGAUAUUACCCAGCAAUGGGUAAGCAGCCUUCAGCCCAAUUGAAUUCCAGAACCAUGCCAAACAGCGACGGGAAGCUCUACCCAUCGCUGUUCAAGCCUUGGUCCAACAUUAUCACAAGGCAGAAUGCCCAUACCCAGCGAUGGGAGAUAUUACCCAUCCAUGGGAAACAAGCUCAGUUUGCUGUGGAAGAGCACACUGCUGAACCUUGCACACCUGUAGUUCCAUCGACUUUUAUAGUUCUUAGGAAAAGUCCACGUCUUUUAUGUUUAGAACAGUCACCCACUGCCCUUGUCCCUAAUGCAAUCAUUAAUAGGCCAAAACGAGAUGUUGCGACUAUUUUAGAAAGUAUAGUUGAUGACAAAGAUUAUAAGACUCUUUUAAUUAAUUCUACCAUUCAAUGGAAGCGAAAGUCAAAUCCUUAUUUUACUGGGCCUGUUUUGUUCUUAAUGAUGUUUUAUGUUGAUAGGGUUGUCUUCCGAAUGAGAGUAGUGCCUAGAACUUUUCCAACUAUACUAGGUUGGACUUCGCAGAAGCUUAAGGAAAGAGAAGGAUUGGAGCGGGAAUCAGGUGGUUUUGGUCGUGGUAGCAUGGACCCACAAAUCAAUAAAGAGUUGUUUUCAAAUGAAAACCCGUCUCUUGAAGAUCCUCCUGGGAAAACAUCCCAAUCACAGAACGACGUUUUAGAGGAGGCACGGACUGCUGCAAAAGAGUUGGUGCAAAAAAUAUCAAAGUGGGACACCGUCUGUAGAGGCUUGAAUAGUGAGUUCCCAAAUUCAAAUGCCGUCAAGAGAAUGCAACAAAUUGCUGCAGAAGUGAUUGUUGCUGUUGGUAAAAGUCCAAGAAUAUCAGGUACUCCGAUUUCGGAAACAAAUCCGAAACUGCAAUUCGAAGUAAUCAACGAGAGCUCUUCUUUCUUGGCUGCAAUAUCUCGACUUGAAAUGGAAUUUUUCACGGUGAAGCGCAACCUUGAGACCAACAGCCAAGACUUGUCCAUGCCAUCAUUUAGCUUAGGGCUUACACCAGAGGAAAAGGAAAAUCAAAAUGAGGAGAUUCAACAUGAAGAGGUUCAGCAUGAGGAGAUUCAAACAAAGAAUGGAGAUGGCACAGCCCAAACAUGCAAUCUCACUGCAUUGGCAGAUGAUGUACAGAGUCACCCCCAAAUUGAGCCUAUCCCAGCUUUUCGAGAGAGUGCAGUUCAAGGGCAACAAGAAGAAACUGUUCUUUUUCAGCUAACCCCACCAUAUACUCACUUUACAAGUCAAGAAAUUGCAUCCGGUCCUAGCCCUGUUCCUGUAUUCAUUAAAAGACGACUUCAGCCCCAAAGGAAGAAAGAAUUUGCACGCGCCUUAUGUUCUCCUUUUUGGAUAAGAAACAUGGAAGCACUCUCACGGUUGAGCCGUGCCAAAAAGGUUCUCAUGGACUACGUAUUCAACAAAUCUCCUUUACUUGGGGAAGUUUUGUACAAAGACAUGUUUUGUGAAAUGAAGCGAAGCGAUUUAAUAUCCUUUUCUGAAGGGUCUGUCUCGUCGCUUAUUUUACAGAUUUGGUUUCGAUUCUUUAAUGCCGAGGAAAAGCAUCGAAGCAAGUCAGAUGUCUAUCGAGUUUCCCUUAGCACGAAUCCUUUUGCUGAGUUUGUAAAGAUCAGUUUAUAUGACGAUGCUCAUGAAACCUUUUGUGAAGCCGCUGACAGAGAAUUGGUAGAACAACAGUUUUAUAGCGGCAUUGAUAUGAGUACUGCAGAUUUGGUGUUCUUCUUGGUUGCUGAUGAAACAGACAAGGAUGAUGUUUAUAUAGUUUGUUUUAACAUGAAAAAGGAGAAGAUAACCAUCAUUGAUUCAAUUGAAGAUAAAACUAAGGUGUAUGAUACAUGUGUUGAAAGUUUGAAAAAGGGAAUGUGCCAGUAUUUCAAUGAAAAACAACUUGAGCAAAAAGCAAGUAAAAUUUCCAAAUUUCCUUUUGAAAUAACAAAGAAGGCAUGUUAUGGGAACAUGGAAGGUAUGGGUGUUGGUGUCAUAGCCAUGAGGCAAUUGGAAACUUUCAAGGGGAAUUUGAAUACGUGGAAGAUGGAUUUGAACAAAAAUGAUGUAAAUGGAUUAAGAAUGCUCUGUGUUCGAUAUUGCUACGAAAUGCUCACCUCUGAUCAUAAUCAACUUGCCGUACAAGUGAAACGGAAAGUGGCAGAAUAUGGCAAGUUUAUCAACUAGGAUAUGUGUCACACUUGGACACAUACAGUGACAGUUUGAUUUUUGGCCUAAUGUCUGAUUUGAUUAAGUUUUAGCAAUCUGAUUUUGGGUUAUUAUGGUGUUGAGAAAACAGGAUAUGAUUUGUGUGGAUAUAGGACCAAGUUAACAUUUGUAAUAUCCUCAUUUUGCUUCUGUAGGUGUCAAGCAGUCAUGAUGCUUGGAACAUUUUUCAUUUCAGUCCACUCUUUAGCUUGUAACAACUGGAUAGCUUUUGUACCCUGGCCUUUCUGAUUUUUAUCUUCUAAUGCAAUAUUUGUUAAGUGCUUAGUUGUGUUAGG